CAUUCCAGAAGACUUUACUGAAACCACAUCCACACACUCUACUGGGGUUGGAGUUUUUAACUUUUCAACGGUAAUAACAAUGGAAUGCUGUGAGUAAGAAAAGCAUAUGCAUAACACAACCUUGUUUCCAAUCUAGACUAGAAACAGUGAAAAAGAACAACCUUCACAACUUCUUUUUGGACUUCAACUUCUCAAAUCUACACAACUUGCUGUCCUUGCAACUUUACCAUCCUUCUUCUUCUUUCAUCUUCAUCUUUGAAGAACUAUCAGUCACUCACAUUACAUUGAAAAUCUGAAAGCCACAUUGUUUUUGUCGUUAAAAGAUAGCAACUGUUGCGGUUUUGGGUGGAGGGUUUGUUUGUUGGUUGCUGUUCUUGUUUUGGAAGCUAGUUUGUGUGUUUGAGUGAUGGCAUUGAAGGUAAAGGUAGUGAUUUCGCCACCACCAAAUCAAUGGCCUCUAUGGUCCAUUCCAGUACUUCAUUGGCGUGUUGGGUUGCUCACUGCUUUGGUUUUGGUUGGAAUGGUCCUGGUUUGGAGCAUUGAUGGCUGCACUGUUAAGACCUUCAUUCAACUUUGGAGGUAUCGUCAAGAUUAUCAAAAUUCACCUUUUGUCUCUCCAUAUGAUCCUGUUAGUUCAGAUCAAAGCCAAUCCAACACUGAAAAACUUGGCAAAAGCUCCAUAAAAUCUCUUCUAGUUAAGGGGCAUUCUUCAAGUUGGGUUUCAAGUGAAUUAGAGCCUAAUUUGACUUCAAAUCUUCUAGCUCGAUGGUCGGCUCGUGGAGGCGAGCCUUGUAAAGAUUCCAAGACGGUGGAGAUUGCAAUUCCUGGGUUGGAUGGUGGUGGGAAAUUGAUGGAGUUAUCAGCUGGAGAUGUUCAUGAGUUUGGUUUUCAAGCAUUGGAUGAGUCAGGGAAGGUUCAUUGUUCAGGUGGAGAUUACUUUGAGACUGAUCUUUCAGGGGAAUCAUGGAAAUCUAGGCCUCUGGUGAAGGAUUUCAGCAACGGUUCUUACUCAAUCUCGCUGCAAGUUCAUCCUGAUUUUGAUGGGGUUUACAAUCUCACCAUAAUCCUGCUUUAUAGACACUUUGAAGGCCUAAAAUUCACACCAUGGAGAUUUGCCUAUGACCGAGUUCUCCGUAAUGUUACAAUCAGAUUCUACAAAAGCAGUGUUCAGAUGAUGCCAGGAUUGCAGACUUGCAAAGCUUCUGAUUUUGCCAGGGAUGUUUGGUGUGGAAGGUGGACAAGACAUGGCAAGAAUGAUGACUGCAACAUUGGUAAUGAUGGUAGAUACCGGUGCCUCGCGCCGGAUUUUCCUUGCACAGCUCCUUGGUGUGAUGGUUCCUUAGGAAUUUUGGAGAGUAAUGGUUGGGUGUACUCAAGUCACUGCUCUUUCAAGAUGUAUUCAGCUGAUUCUGCUUGGAAUUGCUUGAAGAAUCGAUGGAUUUUCUUCUGGGGUGAUUCAAAUCAUGUUGACACAAUCCGUAACUUGCUCAAUUUUGUGUUAGAUUUGCCUGAAGUACAUUCUGUCCCCAGAAGAUUUGACAUGAACUUUUCAAACCCAAGAGACUCAUCUCAAAGUGUUAGGAUCACUAGCAUCUUCAAUGGUCAUUGGAAUGAAACGCAAAACUAUCUGGGGUUGGAUUCUUUGAGAGAUGAGGGGUUUCAAACUUUGUUGAAGAAAUACUUCUCUGGGGAAACAAUCCCAGACACUAUGAUCAUGAACUCUGGCUUGCAUGACGGUGUCCACUGGCGUAACAUUAGAGCAUUCUCUGUUGGAGCAGACUAUGCAGCAUCCUUUUGGGGUGAUGUUAUGAAGACAGUGAAGCAGAGAGGGUUGGCAUGGCCAAGAGUGUUUUACAGGACUACUGUUGCAACUGGUGGAUAUGCUAGAUCCUUAGCAUUUAAUCCUAACAAGAUGGAGGUUUUCAAUGGUGUGUUCUUAGAGAAACUGAAGCAAGCAGGAGUUGUAUCUGGGGUGAUUGAUAAUUUUGACAUGACUUUUCCAUGGCAUUUUGAUAAUAGAUGCAAUGAUGGAGUUCAUUAUGGAAGAGCUCCAUUAAAGAUGAAGUGGCGAGAUGGUCAAAUUGGGCAUCAGUAUUUUGUGGAUCUCAUGUUAGCUCAUGUUCUUCUUAAUGCACUUUGUGCCAGAUAGUGGAUCACGAUCCUCUCAUGUGAAAAUUCCCUCGUGUUCCCUCCACCAAAUAGUUAUGCAGCCUCACUGAUUUGGAUUCAUUGCAGUCAAGGGAAUCCCGCAUCCACGCAUUUCAAGCAUUUUGAGCCGUCCGAUCAAGAUCGAAUGCUCAUAUUCCGAGUAACUAUAUAUCAUACGGUUAAGAUCAGACGGCUCAAGAAGAGUGUGUGAAUGCGUAAUUCCUCAUACUGCAGGAAAUCCAAAUCCCAGCUUCAGUUAGAAGAGAUUAUUUGAACUUAACCUACAAGGCACCUUGUUAGCAUUAUUUCUUGGUCAUGUAUUCUUGUUAGCGUGAGUUAUGUAUAUAGUAUGAGAUUGUUCCACUUGUAGAUUAGCAGAGGGUUUUAACUCCUCUAAACAUAUUGUACUGUUGAUAAUUAAUAUCAUAGUUAAGAGGUUCUUUUGUUUGCA